UGCCGAGAACGCCACGGUUGGAAGUUUUUUAAUAAAAGUUUAAGCAGCAAAUAUGUUUGAAAACGUUGGAUACUAUUUCUCGUGGUCGUUGUUGACCUCCAGUCACGUCAUAUCCGCUUUCAUCGGGGUCUUCACUCUUCUUAUGUUCGUGUAUUAUUACUGGUGGAAGUUUCCCCACCCACGGUACCCACCCGGGGUUAGGGGAAUACCCGUUCUGGGGGCAACACCUUUUUUUGGAAAGUACGCCCAAGAAAAGUUGGCGAUUUGGUCACGUGAUACGUAUGGUCCAGUUAUGUCGGCUAGGUUCGGGCAAGAUGAAGCUGUCGUGUUAAAUGAUUACGAAUCGGUUCAUGAGGCUUUGGUGAAAAACCUUCAAUAUUUCAACUCAAGACCAUUCGUUUAUGUGGCUGCACAAGUCACAAAAGGCUAUGGAAUUGCAUUUGCUGAUGAUCAUCAAAAUUGCAUGGAAGUGAGAAGCUUUAGUUUGUCCGCCUUACGUGGACUUGGUAUAGGACGCCGAACAAUGGAAACUCGAGUUUCUGAAAUUGCCCAAGAUCUCGUCAGAACGUUAGAAGAUUUGAAUGAAAAACCAACCGAUCUUAAGAUGGCGAUCGGAAGCACCGUAGCCAAUGUGAUCUGCAGCGUCGUCUUCGGAAAAACUUACGAAGCAGACGACCAAGAAUAUGAAUAUGCAGUACGUUGCAGUUUCGACUGCUACGGUGACCCAGAGAACUCUGAAUAUUUAAGCUUUCUUUUCUUCUAUCCGGCAUUGAGACAUAUACAACCUUUUAAACGAGCCAUGGAGAAGUUUGUACUCGUUCAAGCUGGUUUGGAAGAUUUUUGUGGGAAAGAGAUUGAAAAACAUAAGAAGCACCUUGACGAGAAUGAACCCGCAGACUACAUCGAUGCUUUCCUCGUUGAAAUGAAGAAACAUUCCGCUCAAGAUUCAUGGUUUCAUGAGACGGAGCUACGACAUUGCUUGGUGGACUUUUUCAUCGCUGGUACAGAGACAAGCACUAACGCAAUACUCUGGUCGCUAUUGGCGUUAAUACAUUAUCCCAAUAUACAAGAGGAAAUUCACCAAGAACUAAUCGAUAAUAUUGGUGAACAAGUCGUUCCCAGCAUCGACCACAGAGACAAGCUUCCACUAUUCCGUGCGUUUGUUCAGGAAAUAUUUCGAUUCAAAACACUCCUGCCCCUGUCAAUUCAACAUAGAGCCAGUCAUGACGUAGAGAUUGGAGGUUACGUCAUUCCAAAAGGAACAAAGGUUUUCCCGAACCUUCACGCUGUACACCACGAUCCAAAUACUUGGGAAAAUCCGAGCGAUUUUAACAUUUAUCGCCACGUUGAUAAACACGGAAAGUUUAUUCCCUCAAAGAAAGUGAUCCCGUUCGGAAUCGGAGCUCGAUCUUGUCUUGGUGAGAAGCUGGCAAAUGUUGAGGUCUUCCUCUUCCUCGCUAACAUCAUUAAAAGGUUUGAGAUUCUUCCCGAUCCUGAGAGCAAAGAGCUUCCGGACUUUAAAGAUGGCAUCAACGGUUUUAUUUACGUUCCUUACCGUUACAAAGUUGUUACAAAACCAAGAAUCAUUAAUGAGUAAUACUGAGGCGUUGAUGGUGUAUAUAUACCCAUAACUGUUUAAUUUGUAAAUAGUUGAGCCACGGCUAGGAUUCUCUUCUUAUUUAAGUAAAAUACUGUCUGGGUUGGGCAGUUGUAUUCGAAAAACAAAUUCCGUGUGAUGAAAAUACCUUAAACUCAAAACAAUUUGGUGCAAAUGGUUCCGAUCUGUCGGAAGUCUGAUAACUGUUGUAAUAAUGGCAAAGUCAGAUAUCAUGUAUAGCCUAGGAUAUAUGCUACGCAUUUCAACAAUCGUAGCUAUCUAGUAACUACAUUAGUGCUAUAUUAUAAUCAUGUAAAUAGAACUAUAGUAGCGUGGGUAAGAUGGGACUCUGAGUAAAAUAGGGGUAUUUUCAAAUCCCCUUUUACGGCUAUACAUUUGACGAUGGACGAAAAAAUGUUACAGUAUAUAUUAUUCGACAGUAUUCUCACGGUCCAACAAAGUACGAUGCAAUGGCGGUUGCUGUUGAUAAAUAUUAAAGCUCGGUGUGCAAAUACCAGCAUUUUUUUAAUGCCGG